CUCCAAUGUUGGGCCUGAUUUUGAAAUGAAGUUGGAGAUUUACAGUUGUUGUGUAGAAGAGGAUUUCUCGAUGGCCAGUGCGCCAAAAAAACUUGCCAACAAACUCAGCACUUCCCUUGGACGCUCAACGGGGAAGAAGAUUCGAACCAGCCUUGAUAGCACUGGAGAGAGUGUCAUGGUGGAUGGUGGGAGCGGUCCUGUCGUAUUACCAGCUGUAGCUGUGGAGGGUCCUAAAUAUCAUCUAUUGGCUCAAACCAGCCUCUCUCUUGCAGCAAUCCACAAUAAUGUCUGCACACAGAGCCUCAAUAGGCUAGGAACUGAGCACUGCUCCUUUUGGUUACCUCUGUAUGGCAGUUUAUGUUGUCAGCUUGCUGCCCAGCCUCUCUGUAUGACCCAGCAAAUGAUGUCAAGCUUUUUAAACCUGCAGCAGAUGGUGGGAGAACACUACAAUUGGACGAGAAUGUACUGUGUGUUACAGGGAACAAACCUCCUAUGUUACUACUCUCCUGAGGAAGUGGAGGCCAAAAUGGAUGCUGCAUUUACCAUUGCCAUAAACAAG